CUCUCUGAAGGGUGCAGGCUCUACACAGACACAAGAAGAGUGUGUACACUAAAAAGCAUACGGGAGACACCGUUCGAGGUUCGCCCAGAGACGACAGUUUCACACGAAUUAUCUGAAACUCCACCAAUGCAUAGACGAACUUCGAUGCAUUUCCGCAUAUUUUCGACGCUCACGCCCGUCUACAAACGAAAGAAAAACCCCCUUUUUGUUGAGUAGAUCUAGAUCGUCUCAGCACACCAGAGCAUCUGGUCCUCUACGGUGCCACCGGCCGACGCUCUGUUGCUGUUCUGAAAGAAUUUUUGGGCGCACAUCGUUCUUGCCACAUCGAUAUGUGUACAGGGCAAGCGAUGCAUAUAUAUACAUAUAUACAUGUAUACAUACUUGUGCAUGCAAAUUUGUGUAAACGAAUAUGUAAGCACCUGUGCCGCGCCAUCGCUAGAGCUGGUGGGGGACGUGUACCUUGAACGGCCCCCCGUCGUUUGCACAUGAACGAAAACGUAUUUCUAUGGUUGCACAUGCAGGUGUAUCUUGCGUUUGCUAAGUCGUCUGCUGCAGCAGCUUUGUGUCAUGGUGAGCAGCUUUCGACAGCCGCCCCAACCUGGGCCGCAUUCAAGCAGGAUAGACCCACAGGUGCAUACGUUCACUCACGCUUGAGUCUCCAUUCACAUUUCGGACCUCUGCGUGUGAGAGGCUUUGUGCCCAUCCACACCUGUCGACGGAUUCGCUGCGGUCUGACUGAAGCGAAAGACAAGAGUUCUGCUACACUUUCGAAAUCAUCAUCCACCAUCUACGUGUGAUAUGCCCCGAUCGCGGAAUGCAGUUGCUCGACAGAAGCUAAGAAAAGUGAAGGAACACA